AUGAGCGACUUAUUUCGAAAUUUUGUUGAAUCACAAAUAGAAAAAAUGUCUACACCACGAAAUAUUAUUGUCGAUAAAAUAAAUUCACUAAAACAAACAGUUGAAACAUUCAAAGGAUUAACGACGGAAACAGCGAAUAUAAAUAAUAAAGGACAAGUUAACGAUUAUAGUGAUAAAAUUGUUUCAACAAGUACUAAUGAACCAUCAAAUAGUAAUACUGCCCUAUUAAAUGUUCCCACAAAUCCGGUAUUACGAGCAUCCGUCUCUUCGUCAUCUAGUGCUUCAUCAUCCACGAGUACUGAACCGUAUACAAACAACAAUCCAAAAUCUCAACCAUUAUCUUCAUCUUCGCGUCUUACGUCAUCAUCUCCUAAUAGAACACCUCCAACAAGUCCACCGUUAAAACAUAAUUCACCAACACCAUCUUCACCCCAGUUAUUAAACAAUAUUAAAGUAUUUACAGAAAAUUUAUCAAGACGAACAUCUCUAUUACGUCGACAUUUAUCUGAGAAUAAUCAAGAGACUACCGAUGAUACAUCUUUAUCACUACUAUCUGGUGGUAUUACUAAAAUAUAUAAUACAGUAGAACAGAAUACCACCGAUCGAACUCAUAUUGAAGAUGGAAGAUCACGAACAUUGAUAAGACAAUCAACCGAUACCACUUGUACAUUUCCAGUUCGACAAACAAUUCGACGUCAAUUAUCAGUUGAAACUGUUGAAAUACCCGGUCUUAAUGGUGUAAAAGUGGUUCGAUAUUUACACGAUAAUUUAGGUCGAUUACAACCAGAUUUAUAUAAACAAAUACCAAAUACUGAUCCAUCUUAUGGUUAUGGAAAAAUAUAUUUUAAUUUAUUUUAUAAUUUAUCUCUAACUUCAUUUAUUGUUUUUAUUGAUAGAAUUGAAAAUUUACCCGGACGAGAUUUAAAUCGAUUACAACCAUGUGAUGCUUAUGUUAAAUUGAAUUUAUUACCUGAACGUCGAAAAAAAUAUCAAACAAAAGUACAAAAACGUAAUUUAAAUCCAUCAUUUCAAGAAACAUUUCAAUUUAAUAUUUCUUAUGAUGAAUUAUGUAAACGAACAUUAUUAUUGGCUGUCUAUGAUUUUGGUCGAAUAACAAAACGAAGUCUUAUUGGAACAGUUAAAAUUGAUGAUUUACAAUCAUUUAAAGAUUUAAAAUCAAAUGAAAUAGCAUGUCAAAGAAGUAUUGUACCAGGAACAGAGGUUAGUAUUAUGUAUUAUCUAAAUAUUUCAUUGUGA